CGUUUUAUUACAUGCAAUGUUUUAUAAUUAUUAAAAAAUUAAACAUUGUUCAAUUACUUCUUUGAACAGGCAGCCCAAGCGGAGACCAUGUAUAUUUUAUUUAUAAAUUGUAUUCUUAUUUGGUUAUUGAACGUCGAUUCCUUGUCUUCAAAUAUAAGCCAUUGGAGCCAUAAAAGCGAUCUUCCUCGCAUUCAAAAUGGUCAAUCUUGUGUCCCUGGGAAGUUGUAUCGCAUGGAUUGUAACACAUGUAGAUGUGGUGAAGAGAAUUCCCUUCUCUGCACUAAAAUGGCGUGCCUAACAGACGAAGACAUAGAUGCAAUAUUUCAUGAAAGCAAACCAUCAUCACUACAAGAAGAGAAAAAAGACAACAUUCUGAGGAAACGAAUGAAGUCCGAUCUGAAAUAUCCAGAUGUACCUUCUAAGAAAUGUGUACCCGGCAAAUUGUAUAAAAAAGGCUGCAGAAAAUGCUUCUGUGAUCAGUCAGGCACAGCGAGAUGUGCAAAUAGGAUACAAUGUAAUGAUGAUCGUAGUAUAUUAAUGCUAACACCAGAAGAUGUCCGUCCUCGCUUUGAAAAGGAGGAACUAAACUCAUUAAGUUUGCUGCCGAAUACUGCCACAAGAUGCGAACCUGGUAAAGCUUACAAAGUGGACUGCAACUUUUGCCUAUGUUUAAUAAAUAGAAACUUACUGUGCUCGAAGAUGCUGUGUUUAAGUUUUAAUGAUACAUAUAGAAUCAAAGCUCUUAAAUAUACUGGGAAGCCUUGCGAGGAAAAUGAAACAACAGAAAAUGAAUGCAUUAAAUGCUCUUGCAUAACUAAACUUACUCGUUGUAAAGAAAUACCGGACUGUAUACCUAACGCAAUGAGGACACCACACGGGGAGCAUGGAAAAAAGAAGCCUAAAUUAAUGCUCAGUUUAAAGAAAGAUAAUGACAAAUGUAUACCAUUUUCAGUUUAUAACGAUGACUGCAACAAAUGUUAUUGUCAAGAUGACAGUACUCUGAGAUGUACCCAGAAAAUAUGUCUGAACUACGUACAGUUUCUUAAAUUAAAGAAACGCCGUCUGUAUCUAGAAAAACAUGGUCUAUAGUGUUCCAAUCAUCUAGCUUUCAUAUUUAGAAGAGUUAUUUCAAAAUUAAAUGAUCAUAUGGAGUUUAAUAUUUAAUUGUUCGUGUUUUUUUUAGUGGAGUAUUAAAAUUA